AUGGCUGAAGAAUCUUAUUUGCAUCGUACAGUAGAUAACAUAGGUGACUGGAUAUUGGUGAAGUAUAUUGUUGGAAGCAAAGGAAAAAAAAUCAAACACUUUGUUGGCAUUAUUAAAGAUAAGACAGAUACAAAUCUGUUAUUGAGUAAAUUUGUGAAAUUAAAAAAAGAACUUAAAAACAGCUCAAUAUUUGUGUAUCCCGUUAUUGAGGAUAUUGAUAAAAAUGUUUUAGUCGAUAAUAUAAGUUGCCGUCUCCCAUUACCUAAAGAGGGAAAAGGGGGUGAAUUAAUAUUCAUGGUAACUUUUAGUCAGUUCAAUUUAAAAUAA